AUGGAAGAUAGCCUAAGUCUGUUCCUUUCUUACUUUCCCAUUUUAUUUUUUGCCAUUGGUUUUAUAGGAAAUGUAUUGGUUAUCCGAAUCGUUCACAAGACACGACAGAUGCAUACGCCAACGAAUUACCUUUUAGCUAACAUGGCCGUUAGCGAUGUCAUUACCAUUCUGUUGUAUUUAUGUAUCUUUCUUGCUGAGGAUCUACUUGGACGUGUGAGUCAUAAAUUCGCUACAUUCGCUUGCAAGGCACUUAACAUCGUUGAAAUUUGUAUUAUGGUUUCUUCUAUAACACUCACAGUUCUCGCUUUAGAAAGAUAUCACGCCUUGCUAAAACCUUUCAGAGCCGAACUGCGGUUAAGCGAGGAUAACGUCAAGAAGGCCAUCGUUUUCAUUUGGACCACGAGUGUCGUAAUUUGUUUUCCACAGUUCUUCUUUGCAGAAUGGAACGAUAAACAUACUUUAUGUGUUGAACCAUUCAAUACAGGGACUGAAGAAAGCAAAAUUUAUACACUUCUGUAUUUUACAAUUUUCAUCAUGCAAUCGACAGUCAUGUUUUUCUGCUAUGGAUCAUUGAUAAGGGGACUUUACUUAACUGCUACAAUUUGCUCAGAAAAUGAUGAAGAAGGAAACUCGGAGAAAAAGAAACUGGUUUUGACAUUUCACCUAGCGAGUUUAGCGUUUUUGAUCGGUUAUGGGCCUGCUAUAGCUCUCCACAUUCUUGUUGCAUCGGGAGAUAAUGAACAAAAUUAUGACUCUGUUAUUGGAGCCUUAUCAACAUUUCUGUUUGACUUAACGUUAUGUCUUAACCCAAUUUUGUACGCUUUUCGUAGUUCAAGCUACCAACAAGAGUUUAAACGCCUACUGAUAUGCAAGAAACCGACACCGAACAAUGAUAUUGAGAUGGGGUAA